AUGAAACGUAUACGAAAAACUGAACACAGCAAUAUGACCGAUAACAGUGCUCUAGGAAUGGUCGACCUCAAACAGCAGCUCAAUGCUAUUGACUAUUUCGGAGUGGUGGCGGUGUGGUUGAGUUUCUUUUCUAUCAUAUUCAUCAUUUCUGUUACUUGUAUUCUGUGGUGCUGUGUAAGUAAGGACGAUGACUCGACGGUAUUCGCCAAGUUUCCACUACUAAGCGUUUCGUUAGGAUUUCACCCUGAAAAUGUGGUAGAUAUCGAACCGACAUCGGAUUUUUUGCUUACAGUAUGGCAUGGGUCCGCGACAACGUCAGCGAACACCGGUGCAUGUCGAGUGAGCUUCGUUCUCUUUAGGUAG